AUGGCUCAUUAUCAAGGCCACGGCAACCCAUAUGGCCAGAUGGACCCCUACGGCAAUAUCCCCACACCCAUGGAGAUGACGCAGGAGAAGCUGGAAGACAAGGCCAACAGAUGGCAAGCGCUGCAGUCCAAGCGCUAUGGUGAGAAGCGCAAGUUUGGAUUCGUUGCACAUGAAAAGGCCGACAUGCCUCCAGAACACAUUAGGAAAAUCAUCAAGGACCACGGUGACAUGUCCUCGAAAAAGUUCCGCCACGAUAAACGCAUCUAUCUCGGAGCUCUCAAAUACGUGCCACACUCGGUCCUGAAGCUGCUGGAGAACAUGCCCAUGCCCUGGGAACAGGUUCGCGAAGUCCCUGUUCUCUAUCACAUCACUGGAGCCAUCUCCUUUGUCAACGAGAUCCCACGGGUGAUCGAGCCCGUUUACAUGGCACAAUGGGGCAGUAUGUGGAUCAUGAUGAGACGCGAGAAGAGAGACAGACGGCACUUCAAGCGCAUGCGUUUCCCUCCUAUGGACGACGAGGAAAUGCCCUUGGACUACGGCGAUAACAUUCUGGACGUGGAACCUCUAGAGGCAAUCCAGAUGGAGCUCGAUGAAGACGAGGACAGGGCCAUCUACGACUGGUUCUAUGACCACAAGCCCCUUCUCGACACCAAGAACGUUUCUGGAUCAGCAUACAAGACAUGGCAACUCGACCUUGACCAGAUGUCGAACCUGUACAGAAUCGCCAAGCAGCUGAUGUCCGACCUCACAGACAAGAACUACUUCUACCUUUUCGACAAGCCCAGUUUCUUCACGGCCAAGGCUCUCAACGUCGCCAUCCCCGGAGGGCCCAAGUUCGAGCCCCUGUACCGCGAUGUUGAUCCCGCCGACGAGGACUGGAACGAGUUCAACGACAUCAACAAGAUCAUCAUCCGUCAACCUAUCCGCACAGAAUACAAGGUCGCCUUCCCAUACGUCUAUAACUCACUCCCCCGCUCAGUACAUGUGGGCUGGUACCAUUACCCCACCGUCGUCCACAUCCCCGCUGAAGAUCCCGACCUUCCGGCAUUCUACUUUGACCCCAUCAUCAACCCUAUCACAACACGCAGCACACUCGCCCCCAACCAAGAGAUUUCAACAGAGGACGCCUUGUUUGGCGAUGCUGACGAGGACGACGAUGGUGAUUUCAAACUUCCAGACGAGGUGGAGGCUUUCAUGGACGAGGAGCCCCUUUACACUGACAACACCGCCAACGGAAUCAGUCUCUAUUGGGCACCUCAUCCCUUCAACAAGCGCAGUGGACGCAUGCGCCGCGCACAGGAUAUCCCCCUGGUCCAGAGCUGGUACUUGGAGCACUGCGCUAGCGAAAACCCCACCAAGGUUCGCGUCUCAUACCAGAAGCUGUUGAAGAACUACGUCCUCAACGCUCUUCGCCAUCGCAAGCCCAAGCCCCUGAGCAAGAAGUACCUCUUCCGCCAGCUGAAAUCGACAAAGUUCUUCCAAUCGACAGAACUGGACUGGGUUGAAGUUGGUCUGCAGGUCUGCAGGCAGGGUUACAAUAUGCUGAACCUCUUGAUCAACCGUAAGAACCUCAACUACCUUCAUCUGGAUUACAACUUCAACCUCAAGCCCGUCAAGACACUCACAACCAAGGAGCGUAAGAAGUCGCGUUUCGGUAACGCGAUGCAUUUGUGUCGUGAAAUCCUCCGCCUCACCAAGCUCAUUGUCGACUCCCAUGUUCAGUACCGUCUUGGAAACGUCGAUGCCUUCCAGCUUGCCGAUGGUCUCCAAUACAUCUUUGCUCACGUUGGUCAACUCACAGGAAUGUACCGUUACAAGUACAGACUCAUGCGACAGAUCCGUGCCUGUAAGGAUUUGAAGCACGUUAUCUACUACCGUUUCAACACAGGACCAGUCGGAAAGGGACCAGGAUGUGGAUUCUGGGCUCCUGGUUGGAGAGUUUGGCUUUUCUUCUUGCGCGGUAUCGUGCCACUGUUGGAGCGCUGGCUCGGAAACUUGCUUGCAAGACAUUUCGAAGGUCGUCAUUCCAAGGGUAUUGCCAAGACGGUGACCAAGCAGCGUGUCGAGUCCCAUUACGAUCUCGAGUUGCGUGCCGCCGUCAUGCACGAUAUUCUGGAUAUGAUGCCCGAGGGUAUCAAGACCAACAAGUCCAAGACCAUCUUGCAGCAUCUCAGUGAAUCUUGGAGGUGCUGGAAGGCCAAUAUCCCAUGGAAGGUCCCUAUGAUGCCCGCACCCAUCGAAAACAUGAUUCUCCGUUAUGUCAAGAACAAGGCUGAUUGGUGGACAAACGUCGCCCAUUACAACCGUGAGCGUAUCCGUCGUGGAGCCACUGUCGACAAGACUGUGACCAAGAAGAACUUGGGUCGUCUGACUCGUCUUUGGUUGAAGGCCGAGCAGGAGCGUCAGCACAACUACCUCAAGGAUGGACCCUACGUCACUGCUGAGGAGGCCGUCGCCAUUUACACUUCUACCGUCCACUGGCUAGAGAGCAGAAAGUUCUCGCCUAUCCCUUUCCCUCCCCUGAGCUACAAGCACGACACCAAGCUCUUGAUUUUGGCGUUGGAACGUCUCAAGGAGGCUUACAGUGUCAAGGGACGCCUCAACCAGUCGCAGCGUGAGGAGCUUGGACUUGUCGAACAGGCCUACGACAACCCUCACGAGGCGCUCAGUCGUAUCAAGCGUCUCUUGCUCACCCAGCGUGCCUUCAAGGAGGUCGGCAUCGAGUUUAUGGAUCUGUACAGUCAUUUGAUCCCUGUCUACGAUAUCGAGCCACUGGAGAAGAUCUCGGAUGCCUACUUGGACCAGUACCUUUGGUAUGAAGCCGACAAGCGCCACCUGUUCCCUGCCUGGAUCAAGCCCGGUGACUCAGAGCCCGCUCCUCUUUUGGUUUACAAGUGGUGCCAGGGUAUCAACAAUUUGACAGACGUCUGGGAGACUUCGGAAGGCGAGUGUGUUGUCAUGAUGGAAACCAAGUUCAGCAAGUUGGCCGAGAAGGUCGAUCUCACUCUUCUCAACCGUCUGCUCCGCCUCAUUCUCGACCACAACAUUGCCGACUACAUGACCGCCAAGAACAACGUCUCCCUCAACUACAAGGACAUGAACCACGUCAACGCCUACGGUCUUAUUCGCGGUCUUCAGUUCGCCAGUUUCAUCUACCAGUACUAUGGUUUGAUCCUGGAUCUCCUGGUCUUGGGUCUCCAGCGUGCCAGUGAGAUGGCUGGACCACCUCAGCUGCCCAACGACUUUUUGCAGUUCCGCGACGUUGCCACCGAGGUUCGGCACCCCAUCCGCCUCUACUCUCGCUUCAUUGACCGGUUCCACAUGGUUCUUCGCUUCACUGCGGAUGAGGCUCGUGACCUGAUCCAGAGAUACCUCACCGAGCACCCAGAUCCCAACAACGAGAACGUUGUCGGUUACCGCAACCGCAAGUGCUGGCCUCGCGACUGCAGGAUGCGUUUGAUGAAGCACGACGUCAACUUGGGUCGUGCCGUCUUCUGGGAUAUGAAGAACCGUCUUCCUCGCAGUUUGACGACCAUUGAGUGGGAUGACACGUACGUGUCGGUCUACAGCAAGGACAACCCGAACUUGCUCUUUGCCAUGUGCGGAUUCGAAGUUCGUAUCUUGCCCAAGAUCCGCAACCAGGACGAGCAGUUCUCGAUGCGCGACGGUGUCUGGAACCUGAUCAACGAGCAGUCCAAGGAACGUACUGCCCAGGCCUUCCUCCGCGUCGACGAGGAGUCUGUUCAGCGUUUCCACAACCGUGUCCGUCAGAUCUUGAUGGCCUCGGGUUCGACCACCUUCUCCAAGAUUAUCAACAAGUGGAACUCGACCCUGAUUGCCUUGAUGACCUACUACCGUGAGGCAGUCGUCCACACUCGCGAGCUCUUGGAUCUUUUGGUCAAGUGCGAGAACAAGAUCCAGACCCGUGUCAAGAUUGGUCUCAACUCCAAGAUGCCCUCUCGUUUCCCUCCCACCGUGUUCUUCUGUCCCAAGGAAUUGGGUGGUCUGGGAAUGCUCUCCAUGGGUCACGUCUUGAUCCCCCAGUCUGAUUUGCGUUGGUCCAAGCAGACCGAUGCUGGCAUCACCCAUUUCCGCAGCGGAAUGUCGCACGAGUCGGACCAGUUGAUCCCCAACUUGUUCCGUUACCUCCAACCCUGGGAGUCUGAAUUUAUCGAUUCGCAGCGUGUCUGGUCCGAGUAUGCCCUCAAGCGUCAGGAGGCCAACGCCCAGAACCGUCGACUCACUCUCGAGGAUCUGGAAGACUCGUGGGACCGUGGUAUUCCUCGUAUCAACAGUUUGUUCCAAAAGGAUCGCCACACCCUCGCCUACGACAAGGGAUGGCGUGUCCGAUCCGAGUUCAAGCAGUACCAGAUCCUCAAGACUAACGGAUUUGCAUGGACUCAUAGUCGUCAUGAUGGAAAGCUGUGGCAGCUCAACAACUACCGUACUGACAUGAUUCAGGCAUUGGGAGGAGUCGAGGGUAUUCUGGAGCACACUCUGUUCAAGGGCACCUACUUCCCUACCUGGGAGGGUCUCUUCUGGGAGAAAGCCUGUUUCUCUGCCGACACUCGCCUGCUCCGCGCUGACGGCACCCCUGUCGCUGCACCCGAUGUUCGUGUCGGUGAUGCCUUGUUGGGAGACGAUGGUACUCCUCGUACUGUCAACAAGAUUGUCACUGGUCAGGAUCAGCUGUACGAGAUCCGCAUCCACGGUGACGUCCAGCCUUUGACCGUCACCAACAACCACAUCCUGUGCUUCAAGAAGUCGUCACGACGAACCCCUGAAGACGCUGAGACUGCAGCUAUCGAGUCUGCUAACGGAGCUGAAAACCUCGCAAAGGAACAGCUUUUCGAGAUGACUGUUGAUGAGUACCUUGCGUUACCUGAGUCCAGCCAGAAGACGCUCCUCCUCUACCACGCCUCAAGUAUUCCUUUCCAGUCUCCGGAUGACGACAACCUCGACAUUGAGCCCUACUUUUUAGGUCUUUGGCUUGGGGACAACAUCCGCAGCAGCGCCACGACUGUCAACGAUCACGAGGGUCCCGUUAUGAGUUAUCUCGAGGACUAUGCUUCGCGUCUCGGCCUCCAGCUCGCCAGCUCUCCUGGACACCUUGCCCACAGUUUGGUCGAAAAGUCAGGACCCAGUAACCCGCUUCUGGACAUGCUUCUGGCUCACAGUCUCAUCCCAACCCCAACUCAUGUCGGCCCCGAAACUGAUCGCAAGCAUAUUCCUAGUGCUUACAUGAUGGCCAGCGAACAAGCCCGUCUUCAGCUUUUGGCCGGUCUUAUGGACACCGACGGAUGCCGUAUUACGGAGAGCCUGGAGCUCAGGUUCACCCAGUCCAAGAGGUGGCAUGUGCGACUCCUGCAGGAUGUCAUGUGGCUUGCGCGGUCGCUUGGCUUCCGUGUCUCGUUAACUGAACGCGAGGUGGCUGGAACGUCUACAGGAACACAAUUGGCUCUCAAUGUGUCCGGUGACAUUUCUCGGAUUCCCACGCUGCUCCCUCGCAAACAAAUUCGUGAGCGGGUCAGCGACUGUGGUGACUGGCAUCUCUCGUCCAUUGCCUCUGUCGAGCGCAAGGCCGAGCCCGAGGCGUACUUUGGUUUCCUUGUUGAUGGCAACCAGCGCUUCCUCCGUGACGAUUUCCUGGUUGUCCACAACUCUGGCUUCGAAGAGUCGAUGAAGUACAAGAAGUUGACCAACGCCCAGCGUUCCGGUUUGAACCAGAUUCCUAACCGUCGCUUCACGCUCUGGUGGUCGCCCACGAUCAACCGUGCCAACGUCUAUGUCGGUUUCCAGGUCCAGCUUGAUUUGACCGGUAUCUUCAUGCACGGCAAGAUCCCCACGCUCAAGAUUUCGCUCAUUCAGAUUUUCAGAGCCCAUUUGUGGCAGAAGAUUCACGAGUCGUUGACGAUGGAUAUGUGUCAGGUUCUGGAUCAGGAAUUGGAGGCUCUCCAGAUUGAGACUGUGCAGAAGGAGACCAUCCAUCCCCGCAAGUCGUACAAGAUGAACAGUUCCUGCGCUGAUAUCUUAUUGUUCGGAUCCUACAAGUGGAAGGUCUCGCGCCCCUCGCUUCUCACCGACUCUAGGGACAACACCGAUGGUGCUACGACUCAAAAGUUCUGGAUUGAUAUUCAGCUUCGCUGGGGUGAUUUCGAUUCUCACGAUAUUGAGCGUUACACUCGCGCCAAGUUCUUGGAUUACACUACCGACAACAUGUCGAUCUACCCCUCGCCCACUGGUGUGAUGGUCGGCGUGGAUCUCGCCUACUCGCUCUACAGUGCCUACGGUAACUGGUUCCCCGGUCUCAAGAUCUUGAUGCAGCAGGCCAUGGCCAAGAUCAUUAAGGCCAAUCCUGCGCUCUAUGUCCUUCGUGAGCGUAUUCGCAAGGGUCUUCAGCUCUACUCGUCUGAGCCCACUGAGCCAUACUUGUCGUCCCAGAACUAUGGUGAACUGUUCUCGAACCAGAUCAUUUGGUUCGUUGAUGACACCAACGUGUACCGUGUCACCAUCCAUAAGACCUUCGAGGGUAACUUGACCACCAAGCCUAUCAACGGUGCCAUUUUCAUCUUCAACCCCAGAACUGGACAGUUGUUCUUGAAGAUUAUUCAUACCUCUGUCUGGGCUGGUCAGAAGCGUCUUGGACAGCUGGCCAAGUGGAAGACUGCUGAGGAAGUCGCUGCUUUGAUUCGUUCCCUCCCCGUCGAAGAACAGCCCAAGCAGCUGAUUGUCACCCGCAAGGGAAUGCUGGAUCCUCUCGAGGUUCACUGUUUGGAUUUCCCCAACAUUGUUAUCAAGGGUUCCGAGCUUCAGCUUCCUUUCCAAGCCUGCUUGAAGAUUGAAAAGUUCGGAGACUUGAUUCUCAGAGCCACUGAGCCCCAGAUGUGCUUGUUCGGUUUGUACGAUGACUGGCUCAAGUCAAUCUCGUCCUACACUGCCUUCUCGCGUCUCAUCUUGAUUCUCCGUGCCCUUCACGUCAACAGCGACAAGACCAAGAUGAUCCUUCGCCCCGACAAGGCCACUAUUACCGAGGCCCACCACGUUUGGCCCACUCUGUCCGAUGAUGAGUGGCUCGGAGUCGAGACAGCAUUGAAGGAUCUCAUUCUCGGAGACUACGGAAAGAAGAACAACGUCAACGUCGCCUCGUUGACCCAGUCCGAGAUCCGUGAUAUCAUUUUGGGUAUGGAGAUUUCUGCUCCCUCGCUCCAGCGCCAGCAGAUUGCCGAGAUUGAGAAGCAGGCCAAGGAACCCUCGCAGUUGACUGCCGUGACCACCAAGACCCAGAACAUUCACGGUGAUGAGAUGAUUGUUACCACCACAGCCCCCUACGAAACCCAGACCUUCUCGUCCAAGACCGAGUGGCGCAUCCGUGCGAUUUCGUCGACCAACUUGCACUUGCGCACGAACCACAUCUAUGUGUCGACGGACGAUAUCAAGGAGACUGGAUUCACCUAUGUCUUGCCCAAGAACAUCCUCAAGCGGUUCAUUACAAUCUCGGAUCUCCGUACCCAGAUCUCUGGUUAUAUGUACGGUGUCUCGCCUCCUGACAACGCCCAGGUCAAGGAGAUUCGUGCUAUUGUGAUGGUCCCUCAAUGGGGAACUCAUCAGACCGUGCACCUGCCCCACAUGUUGCCCAACCACGAGUACUUGAACGACCUCGAGCCCCUGGGAUGGCUUCACACCCAGCCCAACGAGUUGGCCCAGCUCUCGCCCCAGGACGUGACGACUCACGCCAAGAUUAUGGCCGACAACAAGUCGUGGGAUGGUGAGAAGACCAUCAUCAUCACCUGCUCGUUCACACCCGGCUCGUGCUCGUUGACUGCCUACAAGUUGACACCCUCUGGAUUCGAGUGGGGUCGCAACAACAAGGACACGGGUAACAACCCCCAGGGCUACUUGCCCUCGCACUACGAGAAGGUGCAGAUGUUGCUGUCAGACCGGUUUCUCGGAUUCUUUAUGGUGCCAGCUUCGGGAGUGUGGAACUACUCGUUCAUGGGUGCGCAGCACACUGCGGAUAUGAAGUACCGCCUUGUGCUUGAUACGCCCAAGGAGUUCUACCACGAGUUGCAUCGUCCCACGCACUUCUUGAACUUUGCCCGUAUGGAGGACAGUGUGGUCGAUGUUGAGAGGGAGGAUGCUUUUGAGUAA